AUGGUCGCCCUCCUCCGCUCCUUCCGCGCCGUCGCCCGCCCCGCCCUUGCCCUCCCCAAGGUCCAGGUCGCUCGCGCCUUCUCGGCCUCGGCCCUCCGCAGCGCCGGCGCUGGUCCCCCUCAGCUCAUUGGUGACGGUGUCAAGGCUGGAGAGGUCCCCACCGACCGCCAGCAGGCUACUGGUAUCGAGCGCUUCGAGCUCAUCGGCAAGGCCGAGGGCGUUGACGUCUUCGACAUGGCCCCGCUCCCCUCGGACCGCAUUGGCACUCUCCAGAACCCCAUUGAGGUUCUCUCCUUCUACCCCGAGCGCCACGUUGGCUGCACUGGCUCGCCCGCCGACUCGCACGAGACGGUCUGGCUCCACGUCACCAAGGAGCUCAAGAACCACCGUUGCCCCGAGUGUGGUUCGGUCUACACUCUCAACUUUGAGCCCAACGCCGACUACGAGUCCCACCACCACUAG